CGGAUCACUUAUUUGACCUCUAAAGACCGCGUCGGUUUGGCUUGGCUUCGUUUUACAUUCCAAGGAAACCUUCAGUAUGUUGCACAGUGUCUGCAUCGCCGUUUCCUUGACAAACCUUUUAUUUUUUGUUAUAGGACACGGUUUACCUCUGCCCGAUUCGGGCCCACACUAUAUUAACGGAUGGGGAGAUCCCGUGAGACUCAGACAUUUGUACACCGCUAGUAGAUACGGGCCGCUCAGUUAUCAUUUGCAAAUAAACGAGGACGGACGAGUGGACGGGACCAUUUCUCAAAACUCAAAGAGUCUAGUAGAAAUACGAGCUGUUGAUACGGGAUUUGUGGUGAUUAAAGGAGUUACGUCCUCAAGGUAUCUCUGCAUGGAAGACAGUGGGAAACUGUACGGAUCGCACACGUACUUAAAAGAGGAUUGUUCCUUCAUUGAACGCGUCCUCCCAGAUGGAUAUAACAUAUACAUUUCUGAAAAGCACAAGACCGUGGUGAGCUUAAGCAGUGCCAAGCAAAGACUCCAAGCAGAAGAUGGAGGAUUUCCUCCCUUGUCUCAGUUCCUACCAAUGGUUAGUACCAUUCCUACAGAGCCAGUGGGCAUUGACAUGGAAGGCUUUGGGGAGUCCACUGGUCUUGAGCAAGGAUUAACUGAAACGGACAGCAUGAACCCUUUUGGGAGUGCAUCGACAGUCUACAUGCAGAGUCCCAGUUUCCAUAAACGCUAAACAUCUUUUGUGACCAGGAAAACCAGAAAAAGAGGCACGAUUGAAUUCCAGAAUGUGCUUCUGGAGGAAAAUGGACUGACCUUCAGCUAAAGACUAUUUGCUAUUUGCUUGCCAUUUUUAAAGACUAAGAUAAAUGACUUGUUUACAAAGGCAAAAAUCCUGCAGUGAUCUUGAAGACAUGCAUUUAGAAGAUACUUUGCCACAAGAGGGAACCGAGAACUGUUUUCCAGAACAAUAUGCAUGUCUGCGCUUUGAGCGCUUACUGUGCCACUCCUUAUUUCCAGGGACUUAGAUGAACAUAAAAUGGUGUUAUUCUAAGGAAAAGCAGCAAGGCAACUGGUAUUGAGCACUUAUUUGUGCUUUUUUUAAUUUAACUUAUUUAAAAUUUCAGUGUUUGUUGUAUUUAUGAACAAAAGAUACACUUCCAGUGCACCGAUGUCUACUACAAUAUAGAGAACAUACAUUUUGCAUUUUUAUAAUUUUUUAAAAUUGUUUUGUAUGCAUGUGGAAACUAUUACAUUUCUAUUUUUACAGAAGGGUCACUGAUCUGGAGAAACGCCAAAGCUAAUUAUAACCCUAACCAUUAAAAGUUCAUUGAACAACCAUAAGAAAGGACUCAAAAUGAGUCCAUUGAAUACAUCUAGUUUGGCUUGUAGAAGUUAAUUGAUAAGGAUCUCAUCCAGCCAUUUAUUGAAAAAAGCCAGGGACAAUUUCUUGAACAUGGGUGGGUAUCUAAAAGUUUACUACAAACCGUGUAAAAAAGGUGCUUCCUGUUCUCCAUUUUAAAUGCACUUCUAUCAUUUCCUCUGAGCCAAAAAAGAAGCCGUGAAGUUAUUUGAUCACUACAUAAUUCAUUUGUCUUUUACAUUAAAAUGCUUUUGGAUUAACUUUCUUUGUAAAGUAGUCUUACACAAAAGUGUAAGAUUCUUGCAGCUUUAACUAUUUAAACUUUUCUGUUUUUAUCAGUUUUAGCUCCAAGACAGUUCUGCUCAGAAACCAUUAAAGUUUUAAUAAGAUUUAUAGGAGAAUAAGUAGAGGAUUUUCUGAAAGGAUCACAUCAACUGAAUCAAGGUACUAAGAUACAGAGUUCUGAAUUAAUUUGUUAACUUAUUGUUUUACUUUUUAGCAAUUACCGUGUAAUCUGCUAUGCGACUUGAAAGGAGAUGAUCAAAAUGAUCAGCUGUGGUUAAUUCAAUAUUCUCUGUACUAUAAAUGCAUGGUAUCUUGAAAUAAAAAACACUUUUUUACGUGUCAGCUAUGCCCUUAAGUUUUUUUCUGCUGCUACUAGACGUUUGUUUUUAGAAAUAACAAUAUAGUUACAAAUACUCCAACAGGCUGCUUCUGUCUUAGGUUACAGGAACAGCUAACAAGCGUAAACCGAUACCAGAGCAUUUGCCAAAGGACACUUUGUUCCUCAUAGUUCCUAUAGGAUUAAUGACGGUCUGUUUUCUUAGUAUCGGCUUUCAUCGGUAAAAUCCCAUUCCCCCCCAAGUCAACUCACAUCACGUUUAUAGACUGGCCCAUUAAAUAUAAUGUUUGUGCAUGGAGAUUUUUGUAAUCCGUCAUGUAUGUUCUGCAACAAAAUCCCUCUCCCUUGGUAAUUCGUUUUGUGCUACAGUACAUAUAACCUUCAUUGAAAAUCCAAUGGCGCCCUCUCACGACAUAAGAGAAAACCGCACGACAAUUCCUGACAUAAGGCCAGUGAAAGUGAACAAACUCACUUGAUCAAACUGGAGGUUUGGCUUUGCGGUAGUAAAAAUAAAUCUUGCUAUAUAAAAUAGAUUUGGAUAUUCAUUAGAAUACUGUCUUG